AUGCUUUAUUGGAAAUACAAUCGGGAUGUUACUGGUCGUAUAUUCUACCUCCAUUUGAUAUGGUUGUUAUACUUCUUUCAUCAAACUGUUGCACUCGCAGACCCGCCAAGAAUGAUGGAACAUAUUGAUCGAACAAUACAUGUGCCAACGGGACAGUCAGUGUUUCGAUUGUUAUGUCCGGUGCAGCUGAAUGACGAUUUCCAACAAGUCAUUAUCGAUUGGAAAAAAAAUGGAGAGCAAAUUGACUCUGAUAAUCGCAUCAAAAUAGGAAAAGAUAAUCGUGAAUUGAAAUUCAAGAACAUCCGUGCUGAAGACAGCGGACGUUAUACUUGCCAGGCAACGAACGGGUUCGGUCAUGUAUCAAUCAAUUUCACUGUAUUAGUCAAUGAUCACAAGGACAAUAUCGUUAGACAAAACGGCAUGGACUCUUCGAGAACAUUUCCUCUUGAUUUCCGGUCGUACUUGACUGAAGGAGAUUACUUGAUCUUUGCCAAAAACAGCAGUCGCUUGGAGAUGAAAUGCCCUGAUUAUGGAUACCGUAACCAUUUGGUACAAUGGUACAAAAACAAUUUAAUUCUAAAUGUCGGCUCAUUCAAAAGCAAGUACACAAUAGAGUCGGUCACCCCUUUGGAUAGCGCCGUCUAUCGUUGCGUUGUGGAAGAUGAGUUUGACCCCGUGCAGAACCUCUUUCAUGUACAUGUGAGCAAUACCGGAAAAAUAGAUUUGAGCAUGGGAGAAAAUCCAGAAAUUUUCUUCAACCACAAAUCCGAUAUUUCCGUGGACACUGGACAUACUGCCCAAAUUAGUUGCAAAAUCAACGCCAAAAACAUUGCGUCAAUAAAAUGGAUGAAGGAAAGAAAUGUUUUCGAGCAACAGCUAUCGCUUACUGUAAACGAGAGCAGUGAUUCUGCUCAUUUCACUCUAUUGGAAAAGUUGGAUGAUGAUUUGAUUCAAUCCACAUCCUCGGAUCCGUUAGAGAAAACAAUGAGUAACCGGCUCAUUAUUCCCACGGUCUCUAAGGCUCAAGGUGGCCGGUAUUUUUGUGUGGCUACUACUACAAAUGGUAAAAGCUAUUAUCAGGCAUCCUAUUUGACUGUAAUACCAAAGAUGGAUCUCAAGAUGGGGACUUAUGCAGAGACGUUGUUGUUCUGCAUACUGUUUGCGUCAGCAAUAUUUCUGAGCUUGGUUGUGUACGCUAUCGUCUUUCUUAGAAAAGCCGGGAAAGAACAGAACACACACAGCUUGAAACCUCCACCUCCUCCGUGUAUUCCGCCUCCAAAGACACCGACAAACUUUAGCGAGAACGAAUACGAUCUCAAAGAGUUAGACUACCCUAUAGGCAACAAUUCGAUGAAGCUGUAUUCUUCUCUUCAUUAUAUUAUCAACGUCAUAAUUUAA